AUGGCUCACGACGCCCCCGCUCAGACGAAUGGCGAUGACCUGCCUCCUGGUACCACCAGACUUAUCGACGUAGACGGCUCCGUCAUCAGCAAACAUGCUUCCGGAUCCGAUGAGGCGGACAUCAUUCUAAUUCCCCGCCCGUCGGAAGAUCCAGAGGAUCCGUUGAACUGGACCAAGAAGCGAAAAUGGCUCGCGACAUCUUGCGUCUUAGUUUACACCGUCAUGAUAGCAAUCCCGAGUAGUGCUGUCUAUUCUGUCGUCACCCCCAUCAGAAAAGCAACUGGAUUGUCGCUUUCAGAUAUCAACAAUGGCACGGGAAUCAUGUUCCUGUUCUAUGGCUGGGGUUGUCUGAUCUGGCAACCGUUUGCGCUGCAGUAUGGCAAGCGACCAGCGUAUCUGGCGUCUCUUAUCGCCAACAUUAUCAUCCUUGCUACCGCCCCGAUGUGCACCACGAAACACACAUAUCUGGCUAAUCGCAUUCUGCUUGGGCUUUUUGGGGCCCCGGUUGAAUCUUUGUGCGAAAUUUCUAUCACAGAUAUCUGGUUCGCGCACCAGCGCCCCAAAUACCUUGCACUCUAUGGGUGGGGCCUUUCAAUGACGGGCAAGCUUGCCCCGAUGCUUUCGGGCUUCAUCAACGUGGGCAUGGGUUGGAAAUGGACUCUCUGGUGGUGUUCUAUAUUCAACGGCAUUGCUCUCGUCUACUGCUUCCUUUUCAUGGAGGAGACCAACUAUGAUCGUCCCGCGCGGCCUGUCGAAGACAGCACACCCACAGGUCAUGCAACCGGAGUUCGAGAGCAGCACAACGGGAGCGAUGCGGACGAGAAGUCGUCUGAUAAGGCGGACGAGAAAAACAUGACAAAUGCCAAACCUGUUGAUACCGAAACUGGGCAGAUGAUCUAUCCUCGCAAGACUUAUAUCCAGAAGCUCAGUAUCAAAGACAAGGCUAGGCCCAACCGCAUGUUGGAUAUUGCACUUGGUGGACUUAGAGGUUUCACAUACCCCUCAGUCGUUUACGCAGGUCUGAUGUACGGUGCCAACAAUUUGGUAUGGUCGGGUGUGCAGAACGCUACGGCUGGUACUGUAUACACCACGAUGUACGGCUUCUCUACUGCCGGUGUAGCAGCAGCUUAUGCCGGAGGCUUACUCGGUACUAUGGUUGGAGGCUACUACUGCGGCAAGGUCGGUCGGCUGCUCACGAUCCGCCUCGCCCGACGCAACAAUGGAAUCUCCGAGUCGGAACACUCCCUCUGGCUCUUCUCCGCAUCAAUGUUUCUGGUACCAUUCAGCAUGCUCCUAUACGGCCUGGGUGUGACCUACCACAUUCACUGGAUGGGUCUCGUCAUCUCCCAGUUCACCCUCGCCAUCAACAACGCCCUUGCUGUGGCGGGAUCACUCGGAUAUGCCAUCGCGUCGUAUCCGCAGCUUAGCGGUGACAUGAUCACCACAUGCGUCAUCAUCCGCAACACCAUGUCGUUUGCAAUCAACUAUGGAAUCACUCCUUGGCUAAACCAUAUGGGAUAUCGCGAUACCUACAUCAUCGUUGCCGCGAUCGGAUUCGUCUGGAAUGCUAGUAUCUUCGUCAUGACCAAGUAUGGUAGGACUAUCAGAGAGAAUAGUGCGAACAGAUACUGGCGUCAUGUUGCCAAAGCGCAUGCUAAAGGCCUCAGUCACUGA